CAAUACAGAGUUCCAAUGGAAGCGAGGAACAGAGUUGCAGUGCUGGUGUUGUUGCUGGCGCUGGUGGUUCAGGUUACCCUGUCCCAGCACUGGUCCUAUGGAUGGUUACCCGGUGGAAAGCGAAGUGUAGGAGAGCUCGAGGCAACCAUUAGGAUGAUGGGCACAGGAGGGGUGGUGUCUGUUCCCGAAGAGGCAAGUGCCCAAACCCAAGAGAGACUUAGACCAUACAAUAUAAUUAAUGAUGAUUCCAGUCACUUUGACGGGAAAAAGAGGUUCCCUAAUAAUUGAAGAGCUACGUUGUUAUCAACACAAGGGACAGAUCGCCCGACAACAGCAUGGUGACUUCUGCAAAUUAUUUGU